AUGACCGUCUCCUGGAAAUCACUGCCCAUGCUCCUCCACAUCUGCUUAUUCCUGUGCACCACUGGAGUGGUGCCCCAACAGUUCGAGCUGAAGCCUGCGAACCAAGCAGUGCUGCAGGACUCGGAUGUGCACUUCAACGCCACUGUGCAGGGAGUCUGGCAGGUCAUGAACUGGGGAGUCGGAGGGGAUUUUGUCCUCAAUUUCCGUAAAGACGGCACCGUGAUCUCAUCCUCAGAACAGUUCUCUGCCAGAUUCUGCUCUGCAGGUAACUCCAACUGUGUGGAGUUCACCAUCCACAACGUCAGCCUCAAGGACACUGGGCCGGUCACCUGUGAAAUGUUUGGGGUUAAUGGUUCCAAGACUGCAGAGCUCAACGUUCAAGCGAGUGGCACAGUCAACAUCCUGGGAGGGAACGUGACCGCGGUCCAGGACCAGCAGGUGGAGUUCCAGUGUGUUACUACUGCUUGGUUCCCCAUACCCACAGUAAGCUGGACACAAAACAGUAACGCUAUAAACAGCAGCCUGUACAACACAAGCAGCAUGGCAGAUGGGGACCUCUUUAACUCCACCAGCGUCCUCAAGUUCCAGGCAGUCAAAAACACCUUGGUGGAGUGUUGGGCAACUGUGCCAGCGCUAACAAACCCAAAGUCCAGCUCUGUGUCCUUGGUGGUUGUUCCCAAACCUCCUGACUGGACUGUGCUGAUAGCUGUAGUCGUGUCUUUUGGAAGUGCUGCUUUGCUGGCUCUACUCAUCCUCGGAAUCAUCUUCUGCUACCAACGCAGAAAAGAAAAACAGUCCAACUACCAAGAUGAAAUGAGCAGGAGGGUGAGGACAAAGAGCCAGAUCAGUUCUGUCAGUGAAGCUGGACUGAGACGGGGUCAAGCGAAUGCAGGAUUUGAGCCAGAAGGUCAAAAAAGUGUCGCUCCCAGUGAACUCACUGACAGUGGCUCUUACCAGGCAAAUGGCCCCAUUGUUUACCAGAUGCCUGAUAUCCUCAAUGGUGACCAGACAGGAAAUGGCUACAACAGUGCCCAACACACUUUGGACGGAUCAGGCUUCAGGAAACACAGACAUCUCACCUUUGUGUAA